GGUGCUUAUAAGGCGCACGUUUGGAUUUGCAUUCCCGGCUUUCUAGACUUUUCAGAUCUAUACUAUUUGCGCUGUUUUGGUUCUGUGUUACAGCGACCCGGCAUCCCCAAGAUGGAUAUAGAGUUGUAUGUCUAUGACCUGUCGCAGGGCCUGGCAAGAAUGUACUCGAUGGCCCUGACAGGGGUGCAGAUCGACGCCAUCUACCACACGUCCCUGGUCUUCAACAACACUGAGUACUACUUCGGCCAGGGCAUCCAGACAGCCCAGCCUAGUAGUACGCACCACGGCCAACCCAUGGAGAAGAUCCAUAUUGGGACGAGCGAGCUGCCCUUAGAAGUGGUGGAGGAGUAUCUGCAGUCGCUGAGCUCGAUCUAUACACCAGAGUCCUAUGAUCUCUUCCUGCACAACUGCAACAACUUUACUCAAGAUCUGGCUAUGUUCCUUGUUGGGAAGAGUAUUCCCGAGCAUAUUCGGAAUCUUCCGACGACGUUUUUGAGCACGCCCUUCGGGCAGAUGCUGAAGCCUCAGAUUGAGAGUGCCCUACGUGGUGUCACGCAGGCUCCAGGGCAAGGGUUGCCGGCGCCACGAUCAGGACCUGCUGGGUCGCACACUCAGGCUCAAGCCCAGUCCCAGGGCAAGGUCCGAGUGGUGGGCAGCUUGAAUGAGCUCGAGCAGCAUCUGUCCUCUGCUUCGAAGUCGUGUGCAGUCAUCUUUUUCACCUCGGCUACUUGUCCAUCAUGCAAGAUGAUGUAUCCGGUAUAUGAUGAGCUUGCGGCAGAAGCCGGCUCUAAGGCUGUUCUACUCAAAGUCGAUACCAGUAUGGCCCAUGAUGUCGCCGUGCGGUACGGCGUUCACGCAACGCCAACAUUCAUGACUUUCCUGCGUGGCGAGAAACUUGAUACAUGGGCCGGUGCCGACGCAGGAAAACUUCGUGGGAACGUUCGUCUUCUCUUAGAGAUGGCUUAUCCAACGCACCCACACCGCGAGCUUCGCCUUCCGAGCUUCCAGCGCACCAUCACCAACUACGUCACGUACAACAAGACGCCUCCUUUGGAGAAACUUAUGCAGAAACUCAAACCGCAUGACCAAGACCCGACCCUCCUCGCCAUAAUCGACUUCAUCAAACAUCGUACUACGUCCAGCUCAGCAGAUACCCCGUUACCAUCAGACCUCCCUACCUUCGCAACCUAUCUCGCUCAAACUUUUCACUCCACCCCGCAAGAGAACCGCUUCGCCCUCGUUGACCUCGUUCGCGUCCUCUUUGUCGACCCCCGUGUCGCCGCAUAUUUCGGCGAAGACACAAGCCACACCCUCCUCCUCACCUUCUUCUCCACCUCAGAGGACGAAGCGACAUCUUACAGCCUCCGCAUCGUCACCCUCCAACUCGCCUGUAACCUCUUUAAAACACCGGUUUACACAAAUCAUCUCUCUUCGCCAUCGAAUCCCCUCCGCCCAGCCCUCCUUUCACUUGUCACAUCAAGCCUCCUUAAUGCACAGUCCAAUCUCCGCGUCGUCGCCGCCAGUCUAGCCUAUAACCUCGCCGCACUGAAUCAUAACGCGCGAUUCGCCAAUACCGGCAGCGAACCUCUAACGGAAGAAGAACAAGUCGCGCUAACAGCGUCGGUCGCCGAAGCUCUGGCCCAGGAAUCGUCUAGCACCGAGGCCCUGCACGGCCUUCUCUUCUCACUGGGGCUGCUGAUCUACGAGGUGCCGAUGGAUGGCGCGGUAAUAGACCUUUGUCGGGCGCUUAACCUUAAGGAGGCUGUUGAGGGAAAGAAGGAACUGAUCACGAAUGGUGACCAGGGCAAGGAUAAGGGGGAUUCUUUGUUUAGAGAAGUUGGGCGGGAGUUGCUCGCGAAAGGGCUCUAG